ACUAUGCAUCUGCAGAGAGGCAUCACCGUAAAUACUGUACGGACAAUGCAGAAACCAGUUUGACUAUAAAUCAGCUUUGCUAAAACGCCCAAUCAGGAAAAAGCUAAACCCGGAAGUAAUUUAUCCAGCUGUUGGUGUGUGUGUGUGUGUGUGAGAGAGAAACAUAGAGAGAGAAACAGAGAGAGAGGAGAUGGUGGUUGUUUGUGGCUUUCUUUGGGAUGAAAAUAAUACACCGUAUAAAAAUGUAACCGACGACAUAAAUCCACGUCUGGUCUCGAACAAGGAACAUUGUGGGAAAUAUGCUCUUGUGGAAGGCAUAGACGCCAGUGUGCAGAUCUGGGUUGCAUCUGUGGUAUUUGGGCCUGGAUGAGGUCUUGUAGCCAACCAUGUUCCCCUGCUCCACCACAACACAGUAGACCAGAGGAGAGUAGACAGACAGUAGAAUUCAAUGUCAUUGUGAAGAGGUCAAGGUCAUUGUGAAGAGGACAAGGUCAUUGUGAAGAGGACACUGUGAAGAGGACACUGUGAGUGCAGGAUGCAGUCUUCAGGCCACCGGCAGCGUGACACAGAGCAGCACCAACCCCUGCUGUCAGCUGACGAUGACCCUGAGGCUGGGGCACGCCCUCUGUGUCCUCCGGCUGACCAGGACGGCCUGUGGUUUAUCCAGGACAGCUGUGGUAUAGUCUGUGGUGUGGUGACCUGGUUGUUGGUCCUCUACGCUGACUUUGUGGUCAAUCUGGUGAUGCUGCUGCCAAACAAGAGCUUGUGGUACUCCGUGAUCAACGGAGCGCUGUUUAACUUCCUGGUCGUCAUGGCGCUGGCCUCGCAUCUACGGGCCAUGCUGUCAGACCCGGGGGCGGUUCCUAAGGGCAACGCCACCAAAGAGUACAUGGACAGUCUGCAGCUGAAACCUGGAGAGGUCAUCUAUAAAUGUCCCAAGUGUUGCAGCAUCAAGCCACAGAGGGCCCAUCACUGCAGUAUCUGUAAGCGCUGUAUCCGUAAGAUGGACCACCACUGUCCCUGGGUCAACAACUGUGUCGGGGAGAAGAACCAGCGCUUCUUUGUGCUCUUCACUGUAAGUACCUUCUGUCAGGUCCUACCGUACCUCAGUGUAGGGGGAGUCCUACAAUACCUCAUUAUGUCAGGUCGUACCAUACGACUAUCCUACUCUGCCUUGUUGGCCUCUGGAGUUAGCGACUGCAAGAGCAGAAAGAGUCUCUUAACAACAAGGAACUUUGGUCCCAAUGAGAUCAACAUCCGAUGAGCUUCUCCUUCACGUCUCUAUGGA